UUUGUUUGUGUAAAGAUUUUCUUAUCUGGGAUCUCUCUCUCUCUCUCUCUCUUACAUCAAACUAUAUUAUUAUUACUAAUUAUUUUAAAUCAAUUUAAAUCCCAUAUUCUUUUUUUUUCCUUUUAAUUUUUGUUUGUUGAGAGAGAAAGUUUAGCAGUAGCAGUGGCCCCAGCAGAUCGAAAUCUCCUUUUUUUUCUCUUCUUUUUCUUCAAUUCUUCAACGGACGAUCUAUAAUCUGAAGUUUCACUCGUACCCAUUUGUUUUUUUUAACUUCAAUUCUAUUCCUUUGUGUAAUUUUAGUUUGUGGGUUAUGAUGUAGAUGCUAACUAUUUUAAUGAAUGAAUGAAUUAUUGAAUCCAUUUGAGGAUUCUUCGGAGGAAGGGAUAAGAGGAUGUGGGUCUGAGGAAUGGGAACAAAAGCGCAGUGUGAAAGCUUCUUUCCAGGAUAUUUCUCAAUGAGAGAUCUUAAUGAGGAUUCUAACAGUUGUAGCUGGCCUCUAUAUUAUGGAGAUAGAACAUUCACCAAUGGGCAGUACUACAAUGGUUACUUGCCAAGGUCCAUUGCAGAUGUGUAUCCGGGGUACGACAAGGAUGUUGUAAAGCGAACAAUGCUGGAGCAUGAGGCCAUAUUUAAGAAUCAGCUGUGUGAACUUCACCGCCUGUACAGAAUACAGAGGGACUUGAUGGAUGAAGCUAAAAGGAAAGAAUUAUAUAAAAAUAGGAUGCCUGUUGAGACAUCAUUGUCUUCAAGCCCUUUAGCAUCUCAAGUGACAUCUGAAGAUGCUCGGAAAUGGCAUCUCCCUAGCUUUCCAUUGGGAAACUGUACGUACACCGGACCAUCUACAUCAGGCAUUGAAGAUAUGCAUUCUCCACUGAGCUCUAUGAAAGGAAGCAGUGCACAAGCUAGCCCAUUGCUAUCUCAAACUGGCGGUACGUCAAAAGAUGUAGAGAUAUUGGAGUCCAGACCCACAAAAGUGAGGAGAAAGAUGUUUGAUCUCCAACUUCCAGCUGAUGAUUACAUAGAUACCGAGGAAGGUGAACGACAGAAGGAUGAUAACGCAUGUGGUGUUUCUGGUUAUUUUCCAAAUAAGAAUCAUAAAGCUGCACAUGAGAGUGCAAAUAGUCUGUUUACUGGAACAGUUGGAAAAAAUAAUUGCCACAGAGAUGCAUUGCAGUCGGAGUCAUUCUUUAAGAAAAAAAAUAAUCUGGCCGACUUAAAUGAGCCUAUUGAUCUUGAAGAUACAAAUGCAUCUGCAAAUGAUCUUCUAGCCUGUACUUCCUCCCAUUGCGAUUCUCAAGAGCAUGAACUGGCUGCUAAGUUGAAGUCACAGUUUCAUGGAUUCCCCCAAGAAAUUUCGUGGAACUCUCACCAUGUGAAAAAUAAUGGAAAUCUUAGUACUCUGCCUCCGCAAAAUAAUGUAGAGAAAUUGUGGUUUCCCCAGAUGCUUAACUCAGGGCACAGUAAAAAUAAUUUGAAUUCUAUUUCUCAAGGUCGUCAGCCAGAAAUGGUGCCUUCAUCUUCCCAGCAAAUACCAAUUCUGUUUAAUAAAACUAACGAAACUGCAUCUCUUUUUCUUUCUGGUCAAAGCAAGGUAGAUCCAUUGAGAGGGAGAAUGUUUAAUGGUUCAGAAAUUUCUGACAGAAAUAAUGAGAUCUCUGACAAUAACCAUCAAGUAUCAGUUGUUGCUUCCAAUACCCCCAAUCAAUAUGCAACUGAUCCUUCUGAUUUGAGUAAGUCAUGGUCACGCUCUAUUUCAUCUUUUGAAAAGCUUAGUGGAAGCUUUAGCCAGAAGUCGAUACCAGUUCAAAUGCACCCAUACUUGAACUCAUCUGGGACCUUGAGUAGGAGUUCUCAGUCAUCGACUCAGAGUCAUUGUGUUUUGGGAGAUCGGUGGAAUUACUCAACCAGCUCUGCAUCUAACCUGAGAAAUGGAACUGAAAUGCCUGGCCGAAAUGGAUUUUACCAUGGGUCCUCGUCAGGGUCCAAGGAACUACUGGUUCAGUUUCCUGCAGGCAACUGUAAUAAUUUGCACUGCAGUAGUGCAUCCCCUGCACAUUUCACUGGUCAUAAUUCAGUGAAUCUCUACAAGAGUUCAAAUUGUAUUGAAUUGAGGUCCGCAAAAGAUAUGCACUUGAAUGGAGCGGUUCCAAAUGGCCGCUCAGUCAACAUGUCUUCCCAGCAAGGGCCUGAGAUCAUUGAUUUAGAAAGAAACCAGGAGGAUCCUGUUGUCACUUUGGCCUGGCUAAGAGCCAAGCCAAAUCGUAAAGAUGAGGCUACAAAUACAGGUGUGGAUUUGAAUACACUGUGCUCGAGUGACACGGAAUCUUCUCUAAAUUUACUGUCUAAUGAAAAUGAUGCUGGAAGAGUUCUUAAUAAAGUAGUUGUUCAGGGUAUGAAAUCAACUUGUCCCAUUGUUGUUGAAGGUAGUAGGACCGAAAUAAGAGACUAUCCAAGUUGCAGAAAAAUUCUUGGCUUUCCUAUUUUUGAAAAGCCGCAAAUUUCAAAGAUGGAGCCUUCUUCAUUUACCUCUCCUUCUGUGUCUCUAUGUCAGCCAUCUCAAGAUGUAGAAAAUAACAGGAAAAGUAGGGUUUUUGAUAUUAACUUACCUUGUGAACCGGCAAUUUCAGACUGUAGUGAAGAUGCUGCAGCCGAGGAGGUGGUAAUUGAAAAAGGAAGAGUCCGACAACAUUUUGAUUUGAACUCCUGUAUAACUGAGGAUGAAGGUUCUUUAAUGCCUUGUAUCCCAGGCUCUAAUGUGAGGUAUAUUUCCGGGAUAGAUUUGGAAGCUCCUGCAGUUCCUGAAACUGAAGAGGAUGUCAUUCCUGGAGGUGAAAAGGCUGAUGGAGUUCCUACACAAUUAUCAGAGUGCAGAGCUGAAAGCCCACCCGAUGAUUUUGCCAGAAUAGCAGCAGAGGCAAUAGUUUCCAUUUCUAUAACCAGAUACCGCAGACAACAAGAUGAUGCUGUCGGAAAUCCAUCAAUGACAGACCCUCUUCAUUGGUUUGUGGAUAUUGCUUCUACUUUUGGAGAGGAUAUUGAGAGCAAAUGUGCUGCUUUGGUAACUGAGGAUGGUAAAGAAGAUGAUGGGUCAUUAUCAGAAGAUUACUUUGAGUCUAUGAUUUUGAAAUUGGCGGAGACCAAGGAAGAAGAUUAUAUGCCAAAGCCUUUGGUUCCGGAGAAUUUUAAACUAGAAGAAACAGCAACAGCUUCAUUACCAACUAGAGCCCGAAGAGGGCAGGCAAGAAGAGGCAGGCAGCGAAGGGACUUCCAAAGGGACAUCCUUCCCGGCCUUGCUUCCUUAUCAAGGCACGAGGUUACAGAAGAUCUUCAGACAUUUGGAGGGCUGAUGAGAGCAACAGGCCAAUUGUGGCAGUCGGGAUUAACGAGAAGGAACUCUACAAGAAACGGUUGUGGGAGAGGGCGGAGGCGCUCCGUAAUUAGCUCGCCUCCUGUAGUGAUAGCAACCCCACCUUGUACUCCCCUAGUACAGCAGCUUAAUAACGUUGAAGUGGGACUGGAGGACAUAAGCCUAACAGGGUGGGGGAAAACACCUAGACGCCCUCGCCGACAGAGAUGUCCUCCCGGUAAUCCUCCUGCUCUCCCUUUAAGUUAAUAAUCGCAAGAGGCUUUGGUUUGUCGGUUAUUUCUGUAACAGAGGGAAGUGGACGGAUUAACUUCUGAGGUUGCGAGGCAUUUGGGGAUUCUUUGUACAUUUGGUAGUCCAUAAUUUGGGUCCCCUCCAUAAGCUGUGUUUGUAUUAUUGAUAAAUAAUGUUGCAUGAUUUUUUCCUUGAUAUAGCAUUACUUUGGGUUGUGUA